UGUGUAAGGUGCGGGGCCGGUUAGUGUGGGCCGGGACGCGCUAUUCGGCCGGAUGGGUGGCGAGUGGUGUGUUGACUCCCUCUCCUGCCUCUUCCCCACGUGGCGGCCUCUGUAGCGAGUCUGACGGGAGGAGCGACGCGCGAAGAAAUAUAGUAAGAAACAGUGCAGUGAGACAAGUUGUAGCUCAGCGUCGGUUGGCCCUGAACUAUCACGAAACAGUUCAGAGGACCUCGCGUGCUCGAUGUGACUUUGUUGCAUCAAAUUGCGGCGGUCACGAACUCUUCGGAAUCAACCAGCCCGAUUUACUCUCCCUCCAGCUGCGUCUGAGCUAAUGGGAAAGCUGCGGUGCCCCUCGUGGGCCGGCUGAGUGUUACUAUUGAGGUGCGGCGCGGCGGCGAGGUCAGUCUAGCCGCAAGACGCAAACUGGACUUCCGAUAUUGAUAGGAAACAUUACUUCCUCAAAGGGCGAGGCCAAACAAUGGACUGGAGCAAGAUGAGGAUACCAGGCACCUCCGGACACACACUCCACCUUCUCCUCCAACAGGACAAGGAGGAGAGGAGUGGGGGAGCAACAACGGCAGCGUGUUUGUGGUUCUCCUCGCGAUAUUUGCGAUUCCUUAUCGACGGAGCAGGUGGACUGGGUGUCAGCUGGGACUGGCACAAGUGGUGGACCUAUGAUGGAAUCUCAGGCCCUCAAUUCUGGGGACUUAUUAACCCGGAGUGGUCGCUGUGCACUAACGGGCGGCGGCAGAGUCCCGUCAACCUGGACCCCGCCACGCUACUCUACGACCCCAACCUGCGCCAGCUGCACGUUGACAAGCACCGGGUGAGCGGGAUAAUCAACAACACGGGGCACAGCGUGGUGUUGACCCUGGGCGGCACCAGUCACCACCAUCCCCCCAUCAACAUCACGGGCGGGCCCCUAUCCUACAGGUACCAGGUGAGCCACGUGCAGCUUCACUUUGGGGCAGCGGAUCACGUGGGCUCCGAACACACCAUCAACGGCACCGCCUUCCCUGCUGAGCUGCAAGUGUACGGAUUUAACGCUCAACUGUUCAGCAACUUCUCCGAAGCAGUGAACAAGGCGCACGGGGUGGUGGCCAUCUCAGUGCUGCUGCAGGUGGGUCUCCAGGGACACCCGGGACUCAGACCACUGACAGACGCCGUGCAGAGGGUCCAGUGGGCGGGGACAUCGUCGGAGGUGACUAGGGUGGGCGUGCGGUCCUUACUCCCAGACUCCCACCACUAUAUCACUUACGACGGGUCACUCACGCAGCCCCCUUGCCACGAGACCGUCACCUGGAUCCUGGUGAACAAGCCUGUCUACAUCACAAAGCAGCAGCUGCAUGGGCUUAGGCAAGUGCAGCAGGGCAGUAAGGACAUGCCCAAGGGUCGCAUGGUGAACAAUUACCGGCCAGCGCAGCAGAUGUACCACCGACCAAUUAGAACCAACAUUGACUUCACCAACAGUCGCCAGCUGCACUGUCCUUCCAUGGCGCCUCAGAUGUACUACACAGCCAAUAAGUGGAGGUAAUGGAGCCACCGUCCCCUUCUCCCUCCACCUCGAUCCCCCACCGCCCCCCGCCGCCCCCACGUCUGACAAUGGGGGCCGAAACACGUGAUGAUCCACCCUCAACCGACCCACGCUCCUCUAGGCGAUAUAGUGCUUGAAGAAAACGAGGUAACUGAAGUAACCGUGGCUGGGAGACUGUAGAAAAGUGAAAAAAAAAAAGAAAAUGGUGCGAAGACAAGAAAUGCUCAUUAUUUUUUUAAGAAUUAAUUUUAAAGGUACUGAAAAUGAAUGUGCUGGAGGAAAAUGAAAUACAAGAUUGAUUUAUGAUGUGUAUGGGAAGAAAAUGAACCGUCAGUGGAAGGAGAAACUGAUCAAUAUUAGAAAGAAAAAAAUAUUGACGGUAAAACUGCAAGACAAUAUCGCGCAAUGUGCAAAGUGGGCGUCGUAAAGCGACAAGUGGCGUCAUAAAGCGAGAAGUGACGUCAUAAAGCGUAAAGUAGUGCCGUAAAGUAACGCAAACAAUCACUGUCACGUCACUGGACGGCAUCUGAGAGUGUGAUAUAGUGACAUGGUGAUGAGGCAGUGAGUGACCAGAUGACGCGUGUGACUUGAGAAGAAGGAAGCGUGAGGAGCGAGUGAGGGACUUUCCGAGCAGUUCCCAGCCGUUCUCAUUAGCAGCACCAAAACGCAGUGACCGUCUCUUCAGUGUUACCGGAACCAAGCUUUAUAGACUUAUACUUCAUGUUGCCACUCAGCGGAACAAGGUCUCCUCGUGGGCUUCUCCUCAGUGUUACUAGGACAAGUAGCACACCACAUAUCAGUGUUAACAAUCACUCUACUCUGAGAUAGGGCAAGUGUGUUCCAAGUGCCAGUUCUUGAUAAGGGUAUGAAGAUUUCCGUGUGUGAGGGUCAGAUGGAAUAAAGUUAACGUGUCCAGUGCUGCCUGGGAUUGAUAGGCGUUUGUGUGUGACGAGAAGUGAGGCUUAGGAUGAGAAGGUAGUGUGCGAGUGUUGCCAGGAUGGAUAUGGAUGUGAUCACGGGUGCCAAACACUGAACAUUCCUGAUACGUAGAAAGCCAUUCACCACCACCACCAUCACCACUACCACCACCAUACCACAGUAACACCAUCACCAACACUGGUUAUGCAUACGGCCACUAACACAACCACAGCUUACAAUGCAACAAGCACCAUGAACACCAUCCAUCUACACACCUACUAGCGCCGCAGACCCGCCGACACCACCAGCGCCAUCACCGCCACCACCACUCGGGGUAAUCACAAAAGCCUUCCAGAAAACCCUCCAAGAAAACAAAUGACUCUCGUCAGUCACUCCAGAAAUGCCACGAAGAACACAGGAUUUGCGAAUGACUUUAGGAUGCCGAGGAGGAGGAGGAGGAGGAGGAGGAAGAGGAGGAGGAGGAGGAGGAGGAGGAGGAGGAGGAGGAGGGAAUAAGAAAAGGAGGCGGAAGGACAGAGGCACCCAACUAUAUUUUACAUGUGACUCUGCGCUCCCGUCAUCCAAUUUUCUUCCUCCCCUUCCCCCGCAUGGAAGAAAAAAAGAAGUGUGAUUUUUUAUAUUCCAACGUGAACUCUGAAGGAAUGGCUUAGCGGGGACACAAACGCACGCACGCAUAAACACGCUUACUUACACACGCACACACAUACACACGACACACACUGUCAUCCCAAAAGUAUUCUCUCUCUCUCUCUCUCUCUCUCUCUCUCUCUCUCUCUCUCUCUCUCUCUCUCUCUCUCUCUCUCUCUCUCUCUCUCUCUCUCUCUCUCUCUCUCUCUCUCUCUCUCUCUCUCUCUCUCUCUCACGCACACACCUUCCUCCACUACUCGCCCACCUGUCGACUCGAAGGAAAAGACUCAAAGGCUGAAAUAUUGAGGAACCAGACCCAAUUCUGACGCUAGAGAGGAGGAGGUGAGACGUGAAUGCAUGGCGGGAGAAGCAGCAGAAGUAAGAGGAGAAGGAAGGAGGAAGAGGAGGAGGAGGAGGAAGAGGAGGAGGAAUCGGACGAGAACGAGGACGAGGACGAGAGAGAGAUGCGUCAGGCGCCUUGCUGUUUGCUUGGCAUGUUUGUUUCCUUGUUUAUACAGCUCUGUUCCCUUUGCUCUCACUUCCCUUUCCUUCUCCCUUUCUCUCUCUCUCUCUCUCUCUCUCUCUCUCUCUCUCUCUCUCUCUCUCUCUCUCUCUCUCUCUCUCUCUCUCUCUCUCUCUCUCUCUCCGUAAGCCUUCAGUAGAGUAUGUAUGAAAGGAAUGAUCAGUCGGUCUGCGCUCAUUUAAAAAUCUGCACAAAUAGAACAGAGAGAGAGAGAGAGAGAGAGAGAGAGAGAGAGAGAGAGAGACUUUUCUGUCAUUCACAAUAAAAUAUUAUCAAAUGAACACACAUUAGGAAAGUCGCUAAGAAUUAUGUGCAAGACCAUCAUGUGAUUUAUUAGAGUUUGGUCACGCAAAACAAACCGUCACUUUAGAUUACCGUAAAAAAAAAAAAAGAGAAAAUGGGAGUAAUUCAUCCAGCCAACACGACUUGGGGGGAGAGAGAGAGAGAGAGAGAGAGAGAGAGAGAGAGAGAGAGAGAGAGAGAGAGAGAGAGAGAAUAAGCGCGGACGGGCUUGCCUGGUCAUAUUAAGUUUAGUGAAAUUAAUUAUCUCCUGUCUGUCUCUCUGUCUCUCUCUCUCUCUCUCUCUCUCUCUCUCUCUCUCUCUCUCUCUCUCUCUCUCUCUCUCUCUCUCUCUCUCUCUCUCUCUCUCAACACGAAAAGACGCCUCCACACACCACUCGCCGCGUCUCACCUGCCGCAUCUCCCGUCAUUAGGCCAAGAUUACAGGUGUGCUGGACCUUAAGUCACCUGACGUAUUCGUAAUUACCUGCACGUCUGCCUUGUCGCCGCGGCACCCCAGCGUUACCAAGCCAGGCGCACUCCCCUUACCCCCGCACGUCGCUUCCCCUAUCCUUCCUGCCUUCUUCCUUUCCUCCUCCUCCCCUGGCACUAUUUCACUCCCUCUCUCACGUCCUCGCUUCUUUUUUCACUUAAUAGGAACCUGUAACCUUUCUUCUUAUACACCAGUGCUUUCAUUUUCAUACAUUAUUAUCUUCCUUCACGCUGGUGCAUAUUAAAUGAAUGCGUAUUUUUUUUUUUUUUUUUUUUACUCGUUGCAAAAGAAACUUCUCAUUUAUUUUAUUAGACCGUGUUAUUUUUUUUUUCUGUUUGUUUCUUGUUAUAUAUGAGAAAAAAAAAAAAAAAGCGGAGGUGAUGGCGCGCUGGUAAUGGAUGGCAAUUACCUAUACUCAGGCGUGCUCUGUAAUCAGGUUGUUAGCGCCGAGUCAGAAUGGAGCCUAAAAAAAAAAAAUAAUAAAUAAAUAAAUAAAAUAAAAUAAAAUAAAAUAAAUAAAUAAUAAAAAGAAGUCAAGUUCAUGAUAGGGACGUAACUUAGGUAGAGAUAUCUAAUACAGAGGCUUCCAAAUGGUGACCUGAUGUCUUAUUCACGCUUUUAUUAUGUCUUUUUUUUUUUUUUUUAAGGGGAAUGACAAGUGAAUGAUUGAUUCUAAGUAAGAAGCCGCUGCAGGAUUUUCGGGCACAGCUGAACAGGAAGGAUUCUCAUAAAAGGAAAGCUAAGGAGUUAAGAAGUCUAUGUAGAAUCAUUAUUUGCGGGAGUCGCAGUGAAUGAAAGGAAAAGGAAUGAAAAUUGGGGGAGAAAAAGCUGCAGAAUUUUACGUCCAAGAGCAACGUGAGAUAAGCCCUGAAAUCUUGCUGCAAUAAAAGAUAAAACCAAAUGAGGGAGUAAAAAUAGAUUCUCUCUCUGUCUCUCUCUCUCUCUCUCUCUCUCUCUCUCUCUCUCUCUCUCUCUCUCUCUCUCUCUCUCUCUCUCUCUCUCUCUCUCUCUCUCGACUUAGAAGCAGAUUAGAUGCACAUAAAUAUCAACAUAUCAGAGCUUACAAACACACACACACACACACACACACACACACACACACACACACACACACACACACACACAUAUACGCGAGCGCUAUAUAACUAUAUGGGAAAUGAAAAAUGAAAAAGGAGGAGAAGGAGGAGGAGGAAGUGAAGCCAAAACAAAUUACUGGUAGUCGUGAUGGUGGCUGUAAUGGUGCUAGUGGUGAUGAAGGUGGCGCAAAUAGAAAUGAUGGUGUUAGUGGUGGUAGUGGUGGUGGUGGUGGUGGUGGAAGUAGAGGACGACAAGACAAUUCAUCAUCAUAAGAGGGAGUAGAAUCAGAGGGGCGAGUUUUUACUGUGUUAUGCUAGAUGUGAGUGAGGUGCUAUUUCCUUAACUGCCUACCUGGUGGCCUCGAGAGUCGCAAUGGAAGGCGUGAGGGAAACUAAAGUAAACGCAGCAACACAGGAAACGAGGUCAUGAUGUAGCAGGGGUGACCUUAUACUCUCUUGCAAGGAACACGUGAAGGAGGACAAAUCAGGUUACGAAGGUGUAUUAAUAUUAAGGAAGAAAGAAGAAGGAAGAUAUGAUAUUAGGAGUCAAAUGAAGUGAGUGUUUGAAAAAAAGAGAAAGAAAAGAUUGCCAGUAAAAAUGUCCAUUCUUUCAGUGAGUUUAGAAGUGUAAUGAAGUGUAAUGAAACCAUUCCUGGAUAAGUUAUUAAGUCGGCAACAGAAAAAUUAAAAAACGAGAAUGAAAAGAAGUGUGGCGAGGAGAAUUUAUCGGCCAUUGAGACUCAUUCCAUUGUGUGAAGGAAGAAAAACUCUCAACUCACACAAGAUUAUUCCAUUGUGUGUGUGUGUGUGUGUGUGUGUGUGUGUGUGUGUGUGUGUGUGUGUGUGUGUGUGUGUGUGUGUGUGUGUGUGUGUGUAGAUCUUCCUUGUGCGUGUAUUCGUCUUCCUUUUCUCAUUUUUCCUCCUCUUACUUCUUCUCCUCCUCCUCCUCCUCCUCCUCCUCCUCCUCCUCCUCCUCCUCCUCCUCCUUCUCCUCCUCCUUCUCUUUCAACAUGCAAUAGGUCGGGUCAGUUCUCUCUACGUUACCAGAUGUGAUAUAAUACCUAGGGUGGUUGUUCCUACUUUAUUAUUCUCUCUCUCUCUCUCUCUCUCUCUCUCUCUCUCUCUCUCUCUCUCUCUCUCUCUCUCUCUCUCUCUCUCUCUCUCUCUCUGAG